UUGAUUUAAUCGCAAGUAUACGUGGCUAUAAAAGUUGCAAAUAAUAGCAUUAGCAUCUCGAUUAAACCAAAUACCUGCAAUGAUAGUGUUGAGAAACGUACUCGACUUUGUUCUUUUCGACUGUUAUCCAAACAGGCGCGACUGCCAUCAGAAAAAAUGUAUGGAAUGCUUUUACAAAGUAUUCAAUGCUAUGUGCAGGAGGAAUAUGGAGAGGAUAUAUGGAAAGAGGUACUAAAAAGCGCGAAAUGUAAGAGUACCACAUUUAACACGCAUCAAGUCUACCCCGAGGAUACUAUGAGUAAGUUGGCAAAUGCUCUUGCAAGAAUUACUUCUACUGAUGUUGACAAAGUUAUGGAAUUUUUUGGAACAUGUUUUGUACGAUAUUUUAGCAAUUUUGGAUAUGACGUUCCAAUUCGUUCUACCGGAAGAUAUUUCACGGAUUUCUUACAAAAUGUAGAUAACAUCCAUACCCAAUUCCGUUUCACUUAUCCCAAAAUGAAAAGCCCAUCCAUCUAUUUAACUGGUAUCGAUGAGAAUGGUUGCGAUAUGAUUUACAGAAGUGAUCGAACUGGAUUUAUUCCCUAUAUAAAAGGGCUUUUGAAACGCAUUGGACAAGAUUUUUAUGGCAUUACAAGUCUUGAGGUGAAAGUGAUGGAAAAUCAGUUCGGAAGUAGACAUCGAAACACUGGUGUAAAGUUCAGAUUAAAUUUUAACAACGAAGACUACAUACAAGCUGAGCACAUAAGGAGUCAUCCACAUAAAGUUGGAAGGUUACGGUCCGUUCCAUGCUUUCAAUUACUAGAACUCUUUCCGUUUGGGAUAAUGAUCAAUAAUACAAUGGACAUAAUGGGUGUCGGUGAAAAGAUCGUACAGAUUUCGGCUGUAGAAUACAGCUUACUGGGACAACCAAUUCAUGAUCACUUCGCUCUCCGGAGACCCAAAGGGGUAGUAUUUGCUUGGAAUAAUAUAUUGAAUCUACGGAAUGUUAUGUUUGAACUCGAGCUAAACAUAGAGAAAAUAAAAGAAGAAUAUGACGAUAACGAGACUUCUCCCAAAGGUGAAGGGAAAACUAUAUUACUUAAGGGACAGAUGAAGCAUAUCGAAGAUAUUCAAGCAGUUAUUUUUCUCUGUAGUCCUGUUAUUAACGACAUUGAUGAGUUGACCGAUCGCGGAUUAUAUUUGAGCGAUUUAAAUCAACACGGUUUAGGUAAAGAAAUGGCAAUGGCUGGUUGGCAACAUAAUUCCAAGUUAGAGAUGCUAUUUGACGAGGCAGAAGGGAAAUCGCAGGAUUUAGAAAAUAACUAUGAUCUUUUGGAUUCGUGGAAGAAAAGAAGUGACGAGCUGUUAUAUUCAAUGAUUCCAAAGUCAGUUGCUGAUAGAAUGCGUGGUGAAGAUUGCAUUGAGAUGUGUGAGACCUUUGAAAGUAUAACAGUGUUGUUUUGUGAGAUACUCGGCUUGCAUUCGUCAACGGUGGAGGAGGCAUUAUCUAUCGUCGAUUGUUUAAAUGCGGUUUUUACUUGUUUCGACGCACUCAUGGACAAAUUUCAAGUGUACAAAGUGGAAACCGUUGGUUACAUUUACAUGGUUGCUGGAGGUGCCCCAGAAAGAACCGACGCGGCCGUUCACGCACAAAGGGUGGCUAGUGUGGCCGACGCAAUGAUAAGUGAAGUCAAAAAAUUGAAAAUUAAGGGCUUAACUGAAGUUGGAGUCAGAAUUGGAAUCCAUUCGGGAACUGCAGUAGCGGGUGUGGUAGGAUUAAAAACUCCAAGAUAUUGUUUUUUUGGGGAUACUAUCAAUAUUGCGUCAAGAAUGCAAUCAACAAGUACAAAUGGAAAUAUUAAUAUUUCGAUGGUUACCAAAACCUUGCUGCCAUCAUAUCAAUAUAAGUUUCAAACUCGUGGCCUAGUUAAAGUAAAGGGGAAGGGAGAAAUGGAAACCUUUUUCUUAACUAAGAGGUACUAAUACAACUAAAUCAUUGCGUUCAGGUGUCAGUCGAUGUCGAUGUCAGGCGAUGCACCAUAAUUUAGUUCAGUUGACACUUAUGGCCAACAUUAAUGUUAGCGAUACGAACCUUCGGAGAAGGGCGUGCCCUGCUUUGCAGACACUUACGAAUCCCUUGCUAACAGCAACCUCAUGAGUUUAUUUUGACUAACAGAACUUUGUGCUCAGUGUAGUGUAAUAAAUACAUCAUGUAUCUUAU